CUUGAUUAAUUGAUUGACGGAAAACCUGUUUUCAGAUUAGAAAAUGCGAGAAGAUGGUGUUUACCAUCCGUUCCCACGCCUAGCCCUCGGCACUGUUGCUCUGCCCUUCUUUGCAUUCCUGUCCUGUAUCUUCUGGUCCCUCUUCUUCGACUUUGAGAACACAACCUCAACACAUUGCGAGGUGGCGGAGUUUGCGCCCUCAAUAUCAGCAGUAAUUGGGAGUGAUGUUCCUCAAAAAUAUAUUUGGAAUAUAUGUGUAGCUAUUCAUGCAGCCCCUAGAUUUCUUUUCUCUACAAUGUACAGAAAUUUUUACAAGGAAAGACUGAGUUUAGGUGUUUGGACUGGUACUCUGGUCACACUAAACUACGGACUUAAUCUUAUAGAAAACUUCUCAUUGCUAGGAUUAAGUUUUAUUGGAUCCUCAGAGGUUUUCGAGGUUCAUGCAUUCUUCUUCAUUCUCUUCUUAUUCACAUAUAUAGUUUCAAUGCUUUUACUGAUGUGGUAUCUUAUACCUUACUGUGGGUUUCAGAUGAGGAGUAGGGAUGAAAUGAAAGCCCUUGUUGAGAAGAAAAAAAUUGUCAAGCUUACAAUAGCAAGUUCUGUGUUGGCGCUGUAUUUCUACUGGAGGCAUAAUGAAUAUUGUGAACCCUAUGUUUACUCAUUAUUUGGAGUAUUUGAGUAUGUCUUGAUCCUGGGUAACAUGUACUACCACGCUCUCUCAAGAUUAGACUUCGCUGAUUGGACGGUAUCUGUUGGACCAACCAAUAUUCCUAAAUAGACGCAUUCUCAUUGGUCAGAUUCUCAUUUACCCAAGCUCUCGUGUUCUGAUUGGUCAAGACCCUUCAAUAAUGAGAAAAAAGAAAUCCUUUUGCUGCAAAAACGCAUUCCCGCAUGAAAAAUGUACAACUGGUUUUAAAACUUGGAAAAA